AUGCACUUUCAGGACAUCCAAUCGUUCCAGAAAUUGCUAAAACCAAUAGCGACAACUUCACCGACAACGGCCGAUUGUCAAAUCACAGAAAAACAGAUUGUUUUUUGCCAAAAUUCGCAGUUGCUGCUGAAUCUCACCGCACGACUACUCGUGCCAGCAGUACCAGGCCUCGGAUGUUGUAAGAAUGAGGUCCAAAAGGCCAUCGAUCGAUUGGAAGGCCGUGGAGAAGACGACGUGAAGCCAUCCCCUUUGGUGGACAUGGGCGAUACUAAAGACGAACCGAUCUUUGAGCCGUCAUUCGAAACCCAGUUGAUGCGAUAUCUCCUCUAUGCAGCUCCAGGAUUUGGCUGCCUUAUUGGCUUAAUUCCUUCCAUUUUCCUGGUGAGAUGGUGUGGGGCUCGAGGAACUUUAUCAGCUGCUCUAGCUAUGUCAGCAAUUUUAACAGCUGCACUUCCAUUCCUAUCCCAGUUCGGAUUUAUGGCGUUAUUUCCUCUUCGUGUACUCAUUGGUGUGAGUUUUGCACCGGCACUUCCAGUGGCUGGAGCGAUUUGUGCCAGUUGGGGAUGCCUGAACGAGCAGCUUUUAUUCAUCGGAACCGUCUUCGCUUUCAUUCACAUGUUGAAUCUACGGGGCCAUGACGAAAUGCCUUUGUGA